GGCCCAUGACGUCAAAUGACGCGAGCCCCAGCCGGAAGUGGAGGAAAAAGCGCCUCAGCCCGCGGCGCCUGCGCAGAAGGCUCUAGACGCUGUAAGGCAGGAGGCACUUUGGAUCGUCCGCAAGAUUGGGGACUGUUACAGAGGCCGCCACGGAGCCCGCCGGAGCCACCGUUCCUGCUGCUGCCGCUGCUGCCCGAGUCGGAACCGUCGGGCCGCAGCCGCCGGCAAUGCCGCGCAGGAAGUGUUGAUACUCUACACUGUAGAGUAAAUGCUUCAGUGCUAAUGUCUGGAUCUGUGGUGUUACAGAGGAAUGCAGGCAGUAGUUCAGAUGGAACCGAAGAUUCCGAUUUUUCUACAGAUCUUGAGCACACAGAUAGUUCAGAGAGCGAUGGCACGUCCCGACGAUCUGCCCGAGUCACCCGCUCCUCAGCCCGGCUGAGCCAGAGUUCUCAAGAUUCCAGCCCUGUUCGAAAUUUGCCGUCUUUCGGCCCUGAGGAGCCUGCUUAUUCCACCAGAAGAGUGACGCGAAGUCAGCAGCAGCCUACCCCAGUGACUCCGAAAAAAUACCCCCUUCGGCAGACGCGGUCCUCUGGCUCAGAAACAGAGCAAGUGGUUGAUUUUUCAGAUAGAGAAACCAAAAACACAGCUGAUCAUGAUGAAUCACCACCUCGAACUCCAACUGGAAAUGCACCUUCCUCUGAGUCUGACAUAGAUAUCUCCAGCCCCAAUGUGUCCCACGACGAGAGCAUUGCCAAGGACAUGUCCCUGAAGGACUCCGGCAGCGACCUCUCUCAUCGCCCCAAGCGCCGUCGCUUCCAUGAAAGCUACAAUUUCAAUAUGAAGUGUCCUACCCCAGGCUGUAACUCUCUAGGACACCUUACAGGAAAACACGAAAGACAUUUCUCCAUCUCAGGAUGCCCACUCUAUCACAACCUCUCAGCCGACGAAUGCAAGGUGAGAGCGCAGAGCCGGGAUAAACAGAUAGAAGAAAGGAUGCUGUCGCACAGGCAAGAUGACAACAACAGGCAUGCAACCAGGCACCAGGCACCAACUGAGAGGCAGCUGCGAUAUAAAGAAAAGGUGGCUGAACUCAGGAAGAAAAGAAAUUCUGGAUUGAGCAAAGAGCAGAAAGAGAAAUAUAUGGAGCACAGGCAGACCUACGGGAGCUCUCGGGAACCGCUCCUAGAACACCUGACCAGCGAGUAUGAUUUGGAUCUCUUUCGAAGAGCCCAAGCCCGAGCUUCAGAGGAUUUGGAGAAGUUAAGGCUUCAAGGUCAAAUCACAGAGGGGAACAACAUGAUUAAAACAAUUGCUUUUGGCCGCUAUGAGCUUGAUACUUGGUACCAUUCUCCCUAUCCUGAGGAAUACGCAAGGCUGGGACGGCUCUACAUGUGUGAAUUCUGUCUAAAAUAUAUGAAGAGCCAAACGAUACUUCGCCGACACAUGGCCAAGUGUGUGUGGAAACACCCUCCAGGUGAUGAGAUCUAUCGCAAAGGCUCAAUCUCUGUGUUUGAAGUGGAUGGCAAGAAAAAUAAGAUCUACUGCCAAAACCUAUGCCUGUUGGCCAAGCUUUUUCUGGACCACAAGACCUUGUAUUAUGAUGUGGAACCCUUCCUGUUCUAUGUGAUGACAGAAGCGGAUAGCACUGGCUGUCACCUGAUUGGCUAUUUUUCCAAGGAAAAGAAUUCAUUCCUCAACUACAAUGUAUCCUGUAUCCUUACCAUGCCUCAGUACAUGAGACAGGGCUACGGCAAGAUGCUCAUUGAUUUCAGUUAUUUGCUUUCCAAAGUAGAGGAAAAAGUUGGCUCCCCAGAACGCCCACUCUCAGAUCUGGGACUCAUCAGCUAUCGCAGCUACUGGAAGGAAGUGCUUCUCCGUUACCUGCAUAAUUUCCAAGGCAAAGAGAUUUCUAUCAAAGAAAUUAGUCAGGAGACAGCUGUGAAUCCUGUCGACAUCGUCAGCACUCUGCAAGCCCUUCAGAUGCUCAAGUAUUGGAAAGGAAAACAUUUAGUUUUAAAGAGACAGGACCUGAUUGACGAAUGGAUAGCCAAAGAGGCCAAACGGUCCAACUCCAAUAAAACCAUGGAUCCAAGCUGCUUAAAAUGGACCCCUCCAAAAGGCACUUAAAGUGUCCUGUCAUUCUGAGCCAGCGAACCCCAAGCAGUAGGAAUCCAUACCCUAGGGAUCUGUCUGUCAUUUCUGUUGUUCUUGUGAUUGGCAAGUACAGUAUCCUUUGGGAAGGCCAUCCCCCUCAGGACUGUCCUGGCUCCGCCCCUUGUGUACACUGCAGACGCUGGUUCUGAGGAACUGUUGUUUCGGCCUCAGUGAGGUUGCCUGGCAGGGCUCUGCUUCCGACUCGAUGCAGAACCCUCAUAGCACUGACCCAAGGAGUUCUGUUAUGGUACUGUACCUGUCCAGUCACUGGUUCUCUCCUCAUGUCCUCUAGCCCCAUGAGGUUGUGUUGUGUCUUCUGAACUUUGUACUAGUGCUUCUUGCCAUCUGGUCACCAGACUUCCAAAUACGGUUGCUGCCACCAGGACCCUUCCAGUUCCUCCUGAUGCACGUGUUUUGUGCAGGGGCAGGGAAGAGGUAGCACUUGUGAGUGAAUGAGUGUGUG